AGGAAUAUGCUACCGCACACCCUAUGCACGCCCAAGACGAGCACAACGUCGACACACUACCCCCAUCUGUACCAUUCCAUCCAUUCUUGUCACUUGUAUCAACACCUCUCGAUUUGCCUACCUUCACCUCCGAUACUACUCUCGUGGUCCACGACAAUGUUCUCCUCUCUGACGAAGCCGAGCACACCAAAGCCAUUGAGUUGCCUGGUGACGCGGCCGAAGGGACUUUCCACGAGGUACAAGCACACCCUACGCUCGACCCGCACGAACACGACACCCUACCCCCAUUUUUCCCAUUCCAAUCCUCGUCGCCUGUAUUUCAAUCAACGUCCCUCGAUUUGUCAAUUAUCGUCUCAACCUGUAACCACGAACCAGCAUGCACUACGCCCGACAAACACGAACACCACGGUGACUUCGACAUCCUACCCGCGACAACAACAACUAUCGACAUCGACUAUGGACCCUCACCUAUUAACACUAACCUUGAUACUGACCUGGCCCUUCCUGGACCCACAAAUCCUACUAACGCAUUGACUCAGAAACUGAAGGCCACCCACCUCCGAAGUGGCCAGAAGUUCCUCCCAGACAAAAUCAGGUCUGCCAGACAACAAAGCUCGGUCAGUCAUUUUGUCGUCACGUCCCUAUUGCUCGUUGACUCAGUACAACUAGUACGUCACCUCGUGCACAUUUGCGAACGGAUUCGCGUCGACCACGCAGCCCUCAUUGACACCUGGGUUGCUGGCAUGACAGAGGUGGGGCUCAGCUCGCUGCUGACCGGACACCGUGAGACGUCGCCAGCAUCACCGCCCUCUCCCAUAGUGGACGAGGUUUCCGCUCCAGAGCCCGGUUCACGCAUGAAGGCCCGCCUUGCAUCACUUCGCCAGCGAACGCAUGCGGUCGCAGCAGCAGUUCCAGCUACCACCGCCACCGCCACAUCUUCAUUGUCCUGGCAACGCACCGGUUCUAAUGCACUUCGACAUCAGAAGUCCCGCCCAUACAAGCUCAGGGUUUUCUUACAGCAAAAGCGCAAACCUCGAGCUUCUCGCCUGAAUGCUGCCUGCGACAGCAUUGGGCGUUCUCGCCUCCAGCGACACGCCAACAGAAUCAUACAUCACCUCACACACGUAUGCGAACGAAUUCGUGUCGAUCAAUCAGCCCUCCUCUAUAGCUGGGUUGGUGGCAUGGCGGACGUGGGGCUUACCUCAAGGCUGACCAGACAUCACCCCAUGUCGCCAGUAUCACCGCCUCCUCCCAGACCCGGUUCACGGAUAAAGGCCCACCUCGCAUCACUUCGCCAGCGAACGCAUGCGGUUGCAGCGCAAUCCCAACCACCACCGCCGCCGCCGCCACCGCAUCUUCACUACUCUAGCAACGCAUUUCAUCAUACCAUUUCGCACCCACCCGCUUCACUUUGGCGCACAGAAGCACCGCCGCCUAGCCGGGAUAAAUCUCACAGGCCACGAGAGCUGAAGAGAACGCCACGACGCCGCAUCACGACCAUUUCACGACUCUCAAGACACCACGACUGAUUCACGACAAUUACGACUGAUGACACUAAUCACAAUGGCCUACUUCAUUGGGAACACCAUGCUCCCCCACAAGACCCUGGCGAGACGAGAUUCGACCCGCUUUCAAGUGCGACACCACGUCCUUGGUCGCUGGAAUCGAUGUACAGGGAACCCAGUGACCUCGUCCUGUGGAAACACUUCGCUUAUAUCUACACUACCCUUUCCCUCGCUUGAACCGCCUGUUCUGCACAUUCUUGUAUUUAAUCCCUCAUGUUUUG